GCACGUAUGCGCUCUUCAAUCGCCUGUGCUCGUUGCCGCCGAUCCAAGGUCAAAUGUGUCAACAGUGGUGUUGGUACACCCUGUCGGUCUUGCGAGGCCGGCAAUAGGGAAUGUACAUAUCCGGUACCUGUGACAGGUGGACGCAAGAGAGAGAACAGUCUGACCGGACCUGCUCCAAAGGUUGAUCCUCUGACUGAAGAGCGCAANAGUAAUGCUGGCCUACCAGGCCAACCUAUGCCAGCUUAUACAGAACCCUCUAUUGUCCCAGCAGAUGCUCUAGACUCGGGUCUCUUGACUCCGGCCAUCUGGAAGGAGUUGCUACACUUUUCUGCCGACCUCCCCUUCAUCCACCCUCCUACCUUCCUCAAACCUCUUCGUCAGGCCAGCUCCCAAGCUCAGGCACCUCAAUACCGCCCCUAUACAAAUAUUCCUGCUCCGCCAGUCCAACCUCCUGCACCUACCGAAUUCUUGUUGGCCUUCUUAGCCUUGACAUCCCGCUUCCAUCCUACACUUGUCGCACACCAUUCUCCACGGAAUGCCAAUCGUCCUAGUGAUCCACUUGUCGCUGCCGAGUUUUACGCCUCUGCAGCAUCCGCUCAGCUCAACACCGUAACCACCGACAGGCUGGGUCUUUACGACAUAUCCACAAUCCACGCUAUGCUGAUGCUCGCCUUGCACGAGUGGGGCAUGAAUCGAGGACCAAAAGCAUGGGGUCAUCUCGGUAUUGUCAUCCGGUCUGCGCAGGCAAUGGGUCUGCACUACGAGGAAGAAUUGGACGAUCAACCCCUAUCCCGUUCAUUGCCAUCUCGAGCGAACGAUCAACAGGGAUUUGCCGACCCUGGAAACACAUCACCUGAUGUUUCUUGCCAGAAUGAUGCUUUUGUCAAACAGGAAAUCCGUCGCCGCACCUUGUGGGCGUGUUUCAUCCUUGAUCGCUACUUUAGCAAUGGCAAGUUCAGACCUCAAGCUCUGAACGCGAAAGACCUACGUAUUCAGUUACCAGCUGGCGAACAUGCCUUUUUGUUCGGUGAGAAGGUCCGUACUCUGCUUUUGAGCGAAGAGAACACCUCUAGAGCCGAAGUGCAAAGUCAGCGCCGCGCUUCAUUAGCUACUGAUCCGUCGAAUCCUGCUUACAAGCGAUCCUCGAUCCAUGACAGUGCAACUGGCAGAUCUUCACCGCAAGAUCCUGAGGGCCGCUGGGAAGUUGGUCCUGACGAAGGUCUGAUCAGUCGAUAUAUCAAGGUAUUAGACAUUCAUGGUAAGGUGAUGCGGUGGGCGUGCGGAGGAGGAAGAAAACGCGACGCUCUACCACCAUGGAACCCACAAUCAGAAUGGUACAGCCUCAGAAAAACGCUUGAAGAUUUCAAGGUCGGCCUUCCCAGACAUCACUCUUUGACGGCGCAGAACACAUCUGCCCAUAUCAAUCUGCACUCCUCGACACCCUACGCUCUUGUUCAUCUCACCUUCCUUCUUUCUCAACUCCUGCUUACCCGUGAAUUCCUUCCUUUCAUCCCCUUCAGACAUGGCAAGCCUUCAGGUCCUCUCGAUGGCACGCGCUUCGACACGAUACCAUCACCUCAAGGAUUUUGGGAAGACAGUGCUCGUGAAUGCUUCGCCGCCGCUCGGGAUAUUGUCGACUUGAUCGGUUCCUUCCAAGAAUGGGGUGUCGUGGUUGAAACUCCUCUGGUCGGCUUUGCUCUUUAUAACGUUGCCUUGCUUGGUGUCUAUGUCAUUAACUUCCCCUGGAUGGACACUCAUGGCUACCUUCGUCGAACUGCUAAGGACGAGGGCAUGGCUUCUGGCGCCGACGCUGCCCGUAAAGCCAUCGAGCUGCUCGCUUCGAUGAAGAAUCGAUUAUACAUGGCAAAUGGAUGGUUUCAAACAGUCAAGCGCUCACACAAAUACUUCUCUCGUUUGCGAAAGACUUGGGUGGAUUCUGCAGCCAGAUUACCGGGAGUCUUCCACGACCAAAGCAUCGCUACUGCUCAACUGCAUCCACCGAAUGCCGAGAGUACACGAGUGUUAUUGGAAAGGGCCUUGAGAGACUCGGACGACUCUGGAGAUUCUGAUGUUGACAUAUCAGAUGCCCUUGCACCUUCUGAACUGCCCAAUGGUGCGCCCGCUCCUCGAUCGGAUAUCAGCAGUCCUCGUAUUGGUACUACGCCACCCAAACAAUCCUUCUCCACCCCUGCAGAGCAAGCACAAGCUCAUGCACAGCAAGAGGAGCGUUGGAACGCCAUCAACAGUGUCGCGGCAGCCGCUUCUGCUGUGGCGGAUGGCAGGGCNCUUACACAAUCAGCUCCUGGUCAGAACAACAGCAACAACCCACACUUCCGAUUCUACAAUGCCUUCCCUUCCAACUCAGCUUCAUCUACACCAGGUGGUAGCUACUCCGGCCAUGGCUUCCGUGCUGCAUACCCCGACACGUUGCCACAGCCGCAUUCACAUCCUCAGACUCCGUCUUGGACACCAUCGAACGGCCAUUCGAGGGAGCCUCUCCAAGGCAUACAUGCCUUCACAGGUGAUCAACGUCGGGAAAGCGAAGCAUUGGCUGGCGCAGCAGUGGCAGUACAUGCCGCUCAACAUCGUCGUACCUCUUCAGAUCGUGAGAUUAAGGACGUAGAGUCAUGGCUGGUUGCUUUAGAAAAGCCAUUCGGUGCCGAUGAUGUUGCAGCAUUCGUUGAUGGCGUCGAGUUCGCCGAGUAUGCCGCU